CCUGUCAAGAGGGAGGGUUAGAGGUGAGGAGGGGGAUGAGGAUGAAGGCAUGGGAGAUGAAGAAGAAGGCGAAGGCGAAGGGAGCGGUGAGGACGUGAGCGAAGUGCUGGAAGUUCAUGGUGCAGAUGAGGGGCAAGAGAUAGAGAUGGAUUCAGGUUUCAUGUCCAUGAAUGCCGAAAAUAUCCCAUGCAUGGCAUGCUGGCUGAUCUGACUCCAACGACCACACCAACUCCCUCUCGACCCUCCACCCCAUCCACCCCACGCGCACUUCCCUCGUUUAUCACGGCUCUCUCGCAAUCGAAAUCGGCUGGAACUAAAGACCCAGACUUCAAGCUUCUGUACCAGACUCACACACUACUCCAUUCUCGGAUACGUCGUGGUUUGUAUCGUGUGCGGACCCUGCAGGGUGCAGAAGCAGGCGGACACAGCACUGCGAUAUACUGCCUGUGGCUUUGGACAUACCCCAACGUGACCCCCCCGCAUCAAGUCCUGUUUACAGGC